AUGGAGCCGGAUCUUCAUGGCCAUCAACAACAGCGAGUCCACAGCGUAGUCAUAAUCACUCUCCCACCACCCGAUGAUCCUUCAAAAGGCAAAACAAUCUCUGCUUACACCCUCACUGACCACGAGUACCCACCUGAAAUCCACCCCGAGGACGAGCUAAACCGGAGUUUUCAACCCGACCCGCUUCACCAGCAAUCCGGACUCUGGUUCUCGGAUCUCACCGUGAGCUCGCCGAGGUUAGUGCUGGGUCUCCUCGGUCUCUCGCUUCUCGCGAUUGCUUUCUACGGCUCUGUUUUCCCAAACACUAUUGAGAUGUUCAGUGUUUCCGAAGAGAGGGAUCGUGACGAUGAUAGUCUCCGUGAAACGACGUCGUUCGUUUUCCCGGUGUAUCACAAAUUGAGAGCUCGAGAGAUCCCUGACCGGAAAUUAGCGGAAGUUUUGGGUAUAGUAGAGAAUGAAAUUGUGGAAUCAAUUGAUCAAGAGCUGGUCAACCCUGUAAAAGUCAACAGUUUGUUAUCUGCAAGCUCUACGAUUUUUCCCUCUAUUGGAAAUGUGUAUCCAGAUGGGCUCUAUUUCACUCGCAUUCUUCUUGGGAGCCCUGAAGAUGGACACUACUUUCAUCUUGACAUCGAUACUGGAAGUGACUUGACUUGGAUCCAGUGUGAUGCGCCUUGUACUAGUUGCGCUAAGGGAGUAAAUCAACUGUAUAAGCCAAGAAAAGAUAUGUUAGUGAAAUCCAGUGAACGGUUAUGUGUAGAAGUCCAGAGGAAUAAUCAAGUGGCAGAACAUUGCGAGAGUUGUGAACAAUGUGACUACGAGAUUGAGUAUGCUGAUCGUAGCUCUUCAAUGGGAGUUCUCACCAAAGAUGAGCUUCAUCUCAAACUCCACAACGGAUCACUUGCCAAGUUGGAUGUAGUUUUCGGGUGCGGAUAUGACCAGCAAGGCCUACUGUUGAACACUCUGCUAAAGACAGACGGGAUUCUCGGUCUAAGCAGAGCUAAGAUUAGUUUGCCUUCUCAGCUUGCAAGCAGAGGUAUCAUCAGCAAUGUGGUUGGCCAUUGUCUUCCCUCUGAUUUAAACAGUGAAGGGUUUAUCUUCAUGGGCAGUGAUUUGGUUCCAUCACACGGAAUGUCAUGGUUUCCUAUGCAUCACCAUUCUCACUUGGAAGUUUAUCAGAUGCAAGUUACAAAAAUGAGCUACGGGAACGGUAUGCUUAGCUUAGAUGGAGAAAACGGGAGAGUAGGGAAAGUCUUAUUCGACACAGGAAGCUCUUAUACGUACUUCCCUAACAAGGCUUACUCCCAAUUAGUCGCAUCACUUCAAGAAGUUUCUGGUUUAGAGUUAACACGCGAUGAAACAGACAAAACGCUUUCUAUAUGUUGGCAAGCAAACUUCUUGAUCAGCUCCUUAUCGGAUGUUAAGCGGUUCUUUAGACCAAUAACCUUCCACAUAGGGAGCAAAUGGUGGAUCGUAUCGACAAAACUUUUGAUUCAGCCAGAGGAUUACUUGAUCAUCAGCAACAAAGGAAAUGUGUGUCUUGGGAUAUUAGAUGGAAGCGGUGUUCAUGAUGGUUUAACCAUUAUUCUUGGAGACAUAUCGAUGCGUGGACACAUGAUCGUAUACGACAAUGUUAAACGGAAAAUCGGAUGGAUGAAAUCAAAUUGUGUUCGGCCUCGUGAGUCUGAUCACAGUUUACCUUUCUUUCAAGGCUGA